GCUGGCUGUGAGGAGAACUGACGCUACUCUUUUUUUUCUUUGCUCUUUGUCACCGCGACACAUUUAUACCUGCAUUUUAAAACAAAAACGACAUACUAAACUCAUUAGAGCAACUGGAGGAGUUUCGAUUAUCUCUGCGGGUUUUUUUAGUCAUUAAAGAGGGUUUCUAGAAAACUAAAAGUUGGAGGCUGGGCCUUUUUUUUUUUUUUUUUUUUUUUUUAGCCUUUUGACCGUCGCUUGAGAGGAGAGGGAAAAAAAGCUGGUCUUUUUUUUUGUUGUUAUAAAAAAUAAAAAAACCUCGAUAAAUGCUACUCACGAAAAUGGACCUGUUGAACUACCAGUACCUGGACAAAAUGAACAACAACAUUGGCAUUCUCUGCUACGAAGGUGAAGCAGCUUUGAGGGGGGACCCCAGACUCCAGUCCCUGUCCCUAUCCUCGUCUUCCUCAUCAUCGUCAUCCUCUUCGUCAUCAUCUUCCUCUUCCUCCUCCAUCUCCAGCCACAGGACAGGUCCUCCUCCCAUCAGCCCCACCAAGAGGAAGCUGAGCGGGGACCAGGGGGACAGCGACAUGGACGACAGCGAGCAUGUGGCAAAGAUUAGCCGACUGUUUGCUGCACAGCUGAAACCUAACGGAGAUUAUCGCAGCUCUCCCGUCUCCAAGGACCAGAGCCGGAGCCCCAUCGAGCGUGUGGUGGUGCCCAGUGCUCUGGGAGUCCACAGCAACCACCUGUACAGCCACGCCCACCACCACCAUCACCACCUGGCCAGCUUAGCCAGCAUGGACCAGCCGCUGGCCCUCACCAAAAACAGCAUGGUGGAGUCUGCACGUAGCAGCACAGCAGCUAUGGCCACAGUGCCACACACAGUCAGCGCAGUGGAACGCCAGCAGAAUCGUCCGUCAGUGAUCACAUGCGCCCCAGCCAACAACCGCAACUGCAACCUGUCUCACUGUCCAGUCUCCCACAAUGGCUGCUCAAGCCUCUCUAACAACUACAGGAGAAUCAACACCAACACAGCUUGUGACCCUGUGAUUGAGGAGCAUUUCCGUCGUAGCCUUGGGAAGAACUACAAGGAGCCCGAACCUGCCGCCACCAACUCAGUGUCCAUCACAGGCUCGGUGGACGACCAUUUCGCCAAGGCGCUGGGUGAGACCUGGCAUCAGAUCAAAAACAAGGGGAGUCCCUCCUCGUCCGGCAGCAGCCCAAACUCCUCCCCCGACAGUCACAUGGUCAAUCACAACCACUCCCCUUCUGUGGUCUCCUGAAGGAGGAGGGAUUUAAGAGGGAUUUUUCCCCCUUCCCUCCCAGUCCUCCCAGCUCCAAAACCCACGCCCCGUCACUUUGGUCCGUCACCAGCAUCCCAGAGGGAAUUCCUGCCUGCUGGUCUGCUAAAAACAUCCAAAACUCUGAAAGCCUGCUCUAACCUCUCUAUGCACUCAUAGAGGAUCAAUCAAGCAAUAACAACAUGGUUAUUGUUUUUUUUCCUUCUGUCCUUUGGUAUGCGAAUGCCAGACAAGAUUCAGUAACGUGAUGAGGUUUCGACUUUGGGACUCGACCGGAGCAUCAAGCUGCUCCCUCCAAUCAUUCAUCACCCCUGCAUGUCAAGCUUGGAGCUGAGCAAGUGUCUGUAGUUAUAUGUACAUAAAGAGAGAAAGGAAAGGUGGUGUUUUAAUUAUUAAUUUUCUUUUCUUCUUCUUCUUUUUUUUGUUUGUUUGUUUCUUUAACAGUAGUUUUGUGUACUGCUUCUGUGUUACGAGAUGCCCAACAUUUGAGAAAGAAAAAAAAAGAUAAGCAAGAAACUCUUUGGAGAAACUGAUCACAAACCACCUGACUGUGCUACCAAAGAAACCUCAGACACUGAUGUUUAUCUCUGCCCACCUCGAAAAACAAAACGACAAAAGAAGCCUUUUUGUAACCCCCUCCUCCUGUUUUGUCUUCUUUCAUUCUCUCUCCCUCCUGUCUGCGCCAUAUCCCUCCUGUGUUCUGGUGGUUUUGUUACUGUAUGUGUAUACUUAAGUGAUUGACUUGGUCUGAUUUGCACUACUGCUGUAGAGGGUAAAGGAUGGCGUGCCAGUGUUGUAACCUGGCACUGCACACAUUGCGACUGAUACAGCUAAUUUUGACACAAACUGAUAUUAUCCAACUUUUCUAUUUGAUCUUCCAUUAACUCUUGUUGAAAAACUACCCUAGGCAAAUUUUCAUACUGACAGAGAUAGACAAGUACAAGCCACUUUAUUAAUUAAUGCAUUUCUGAGAAAAUAGAAAUACAUACCACUGGGGUUGGGCAGUAUGGAAUUAGUAGAGAUAUAAAACAUAAUACAGAUUGGGAUACAAUGUGUCCUGUUAUAAAAUUAACUUUAAUUUUGACAUCACUGCAUGUUGAAUAGUGUAGUCAUUAACUAAAGACAAACAUGCUGAGAAAAGGUGAGUGAACAAAUUUAAACAUUAAGAUAAUUAAAAAUGUAUUUUGUUUCGAGGUGAUUUAAAAAAAAAAAAAAAAAAAAAAGUAUCCAACAAUGAAACUAGUUUGAUGUCUAAACGAUGGAUGAAGGGCAGUUUCCUCUGGGUUGUCUCCUUUAACUAAACUGAUCCCUCCCCACCAGCACUUCACUACAGAGUGUCAGUCCACAUGAUGUCAUGCUUGCAGUUGUGGAGGGCUCUGUAUUAAGGGUGAGGGUAUAAAUAAACAGUUAGAUGGUGGGAGGCACUGGCCACACUCCACCUUAGGCAGGAAACAUCCAUCACCAUGGUUACUGAUAGGAGCAAUAAUCACCCAGCUACCAUAUAAUACCACUUCCCUGCACAACAUCCCCAAAGCAAGGUUUGAGGAUGGCCAUAAUUCAGGUGAAUUAUGACUCAUGUUUAAUCUCUGUGGGUUUGACUAAAGUCACUAGUAAAGUGUAAGAAAAAUGUAGCAAAGUCAUAUGUGUAUGCCCAAAUUAUUUACUUUAUUUCCAAGCAGGUUCACCUCCAGUAUUUAUUUAUUCACCUACCUUUUUUUCACCAUGUAAAUGUGUUGACAUUUUGUGGGGUAAUAAUCAAGGUAUAAUCAAAAUUGAAGCUAUAUUUGGAUAUCAAUUUGUUGUACCGCCCAGACCUAACAGCUCUACCUGUAGGCUGUGAGCAAAUGCAUCUAAUUUGUUAAUUAAACACCAAUGCUCUGUAUUGGCAUAUAUAUAUAUAUAUAUAUAGAUACAUUACUUUCCCAACAAAAACAAACAAAACUACUUCAGGUGUGCAAAUCGUGUCAAAUGGUUGCAUUUGAUUUUUACAAGCACAGUCAGGUUGUCAAAUCAGCGCACUGCGAGAGGAGAUCAGAGCUGAGAACACAGUCGAACAACCUGUAGUGUGUCGAAGGUUGGGCUUUGCUGAACAAUGUGCGUUGAUGUGUUUCGCAGGCUUAACUGCUGACAGUGAUGAGGGGAUAGGAGCCGUAUGUCACUUUGUGGUUGAAAAAAAAAAGUCUUGUUUCUCGACUGGGGGAGAGAAGAUUAUUCAGAUCUCUUCAAACAAACCUUUGUUUUUGUAACUCUUUGAACACGGGUGUUGUAAUUAUAUUUGGCUUACACCCCGCUAUUCCUCCCUCCCCUCUCCUACACACUGUGGUUUGGUAGAUUUCUACAAGGUUUGAAGGGUAAACUAAUGCUUUUACAGAUGCAUGUUUUUUUGUUUUGUUUUUUUUAAUAGCUGGUAUCUAUUAGUGUUUUUAAGCAUUUCAAUCUUAACUACUAUUAGCCUUUUCAUUCAGACGUUAGUUGUUACUUUGUUCAUUGUCAGUAACGGACAUAGACACUAUACACUCACUGCUGGGUCAGUUGUACUCCAUAUUAUUAUUGUUAUUGUUAUUAUUACAAUUUUGUAUUUUUGUUUUCCAUUAAUAUCAGUAUGGUAUGGUAACAAACAUCUAUAGCGGGACAGCCUCCGGACAGGCUCUGUUUAAUGAUGAGAGCUGCGGAUCUCAAAACCAUCUCGGCAUGUUUAGCGAUCGGCUCAUCAUUGCAGAGUGAUGAUCGUCAUAGUGCUGAGUUGGCUUUGGGAUGUGCAGCCCAUAAAAAGGUUUUCUUAAGAUGUUGAUCCAUCGGUGGUACAGGAUGCUACAACCCUCAGCAUGACUGAGCUCAGACACCAAAUUGGCACUAAUUAGUCAGCAGGGCCUUGUUUUUUCACAAAAGCAACUUAGCCACAGAUGAAGUGGACUUUAUUCUCAUGAGUCUGUUUGGCUGCCUUCUUAAUACCACCACGUCUGUACCAGCUUUUACACAACUUCUUGCUUGUGAGUACAACACUACUGCAGUCUGAAAAGUGCCUGAUACAGGACAGGCUAGUGGUUGUGAUGCUUUUGGGAAACAAGGUAUUGUUUAAGAUGAGAGCUAGUGACGAAAUUUCUUAAACAGCAGGUGGACACUGACAAUAUCACACUAAAGACUUAUUUGGUGCCACAAAAUUAUUACAAAAAUAUAACAUUUCAAAAACAUCUGAAUUCAUGGUGUUAUGUCACAGCUCUCACAAUCUUCAGCAGCUGACUUUUUGUGUCCUGACUUGGUGUCCAGACCUUUUUUGUUUGUAUUUCAAUGCUUUCUUUUCUGAACAACAUUGUAUUGUUGCUGCAGUUAAGCUAGACUGCUGCAGUCUGAGCAAAUGAAUUUUACUCUGUUAAAGAGCCUGCGCCAAGAUGGCAUACAUUCCUCCUAUAGGGAACUUUGUACAGGACUCACACACACACACACACACACACACACUCAAUAUCUCCGCAUCAACAGACAGAGCUAAUAACCAGCCAGGGUCAACUGCCCCAGAGUACCCUGUCGACAGUGCUUUUUGCAUCUUGACGGGAAAUACAAAGUUUCAUCUUUUUUUUCCUUCUCUUUUUUCUUUAAAAAAAAAAUCUUUGCAUCAAGCUUAUUGGUCAUAAAUCCAAACUGCAUGACAAAAGAACAACACAGCAUAACAUUUUUGAGGACAUUUAGAGUUUAGAACUUAGAGAACUGGUGUUGUAACAGUUGACGGUGAAAAAGUACAGAAUGAUUUCAUGUCUCUGAGCUGAGGUUGACAGAUGAUUAUUGUUUUCUUUAGGUUAAGGUUAUAUUAAGUAUGACGAAUGCAUACAUAAGAGUUCUCUGAAUGGUGUCAGUGUUCUAGAAUGUCCACACAUUCCAUCCUCAGCUCUCAGAACAGAUGUUUUAGAAUCAGGACUGAUGAUAAAAGUUCUAGAAUCUUUUUAAUAAUAACCCAACUGCCAGAGAAUUGACUUCCAGAACGUUUAAGUACUCUAUAGUGUAAAUGUGCUUUCUGUGACAGGUUUAGAGUGGUUUGGACAGCAAUAUUUGUGGGGGGCUGAGCCUUCAGGAGCUGAGCUUCUGUAAGCCAGGACAUGUUCAGCUGCCAAUGAAAGUCUUUUGAAAGUCUUGCAGCAACGCCUCCCCCUUCCUCUCAGAUUCAUUUGAUCCUGAUUACGAUUGGAUGUAGUUAGCAGAAUGCUAGAAAACACGAGGGAAAAGGGCUAGGUGUCCAGAGGUUUUUGUUUUUCUAUUAUUAUUCUUUCUCAUUAUCAUUUCACUACCACCCUGAAGGUAGGAGGCUCUCUUUCUGCUUCGGCACACACUCCCUACACACUGUAGGAAAAUCACUUAAUAAAAAAUACUUUUUUAUAAUAGGUAACUAUGAGACCAUCAUUACGCUGUGCGUAACGAAUGUACAGAGAAAAAAAUCGUAGGUAUUUUUUGAGGAACAAUUAAUUUGUUAAUGAUAUUGUAGCUAUUUAAUUGUUGUUUUCCCUGUCCUUAUAUUGUAAUCAUUGCAUUUUCUUUUUUUUUUUGUGAAAAAAAGUUGAUCUUUUUUGUUUAUAGUUUGUCUUGUUAGAGUAAAGGUUCAAGUGCAGGAACACAGUAAACGUAUGAAAACCACAAUAAGCCACUGGUCUGUCGGUGACAAUCGCUACUUCCAUUGGUCCCCGGCUGUUCUGCAAUCAUUAAACUUUGGUUCCAUCAUGUGACUUCUGAGACAUCUGAACAAAAGUUUCACUUAUGAGUAAAAACAGUUUCUCCUCGUAGAGGUCUCUUGAGCUGUUACUAUGUUUUGCAUUAAUGGGCCAUUAAUGUUUUUGCCUGUAGCCUAGUGUGUCUUGCUGGCCAUUUCCAAAUCACCCCCAUCGAGUGUUAAAUAAUAUUAAGUCAUGGGCUAGCAGGAAGGGAACAUUUCCACCAUUGCAUGUCAGUAAUAUAAAUUGUGGGGUUUGAAAGUCUUGCAAUUGAACCAUUUUUAGUCUACAGAUGGAAACUGAGCUACAAGUAAAACCAUCAAUCCUUUUGAGAACAUUUGUCAGAUUGGUUGAACUUGCCCAGAUCAACAGAACGAAAAUACUGAAGAUGUAAAUCUUCAUUUUCGUUCAGAUUUCGUUCUAAAGUUCAUUUGCUUUGUUGCCAGUCAGUGAGGCUGAGGUGAUCCAAGUAUUACGCAAGCUUAAACUUGCAUUGAUGUCACAGUUCCCCAUCUGCAGAGGCCAUUUUGCAUCUGUAAUGAAGUGAACAACAAGAAAUUGUGCAGAAAAAUCAAAGGGGAGUCGGUCCUUACUCUGUACCACAUUUUCCAGGUCCUUUUUGAAGUGGAAGUAGCAUGUACUUAGUGGUAGUAAUACUCUGAACUGAAAAAAAAAAAAAAAAAAAAUGUAUCAAGAAAACAGUCAGUGUGUGGCUCUGUGUCUCCUACUAAAAAGGUUUUGGCAGGCCACCUUUUUUGUAUGUAAAGUAGCCUUGAUGAACAAUAAAGUGCUUUUAAACCAC